AUGGACAUGAGCAUUAGUCAAAAUGGGAGCAUAAGAAACAUUUCUCUUUGUUAUGAUCAUCAUCCUAACUCCUGUCAGAAGUUUGUCUAUCCACUGGCCAUGCGAGCUAUUAUGUAUUUUGUUAUUAGUGUUAUUGUACUUAUUACAUCAUUUGGAAAUAUUCUGGUGAUCAUAGCCAUAGCUCAUUUCAGGCAGCUGCACACACCACCUAACUAUCUCACUCUUUGUCUGGCUGUAGCUGACAUGCUUAUGGGAGUUUCUGUGAUGCCUUUUCACAUGAUACGCUCUGUGGAGACUUGCUGGUAUUUUGGGAGUUUAUUUUGUAAAAUACACAGCAGCGCUGCCAUUACAUUGGGCACUGGAUCUAUUUUAAAUCUUGUUUUUAUCUCUAUUGAGCGAUAUUAUGCGAUCUGCCACCCCCUGCUGUACCACAGUAAAAUAACUCCUCGUGUUAUUUUAUGUAUGAUGGGUGUCUGUUGGGGCCUUGCUGUUGCUGAAGGGAUUUUAUAUCCACAGCUAAAUAACACAGGCAUAGAUGCUUACAGUGAUAUGUUAUGUAAAGGAGCCUGUGUGGUGGUUAUAGGACAGAUGACAAGCUUAGCACUUACAGUGACCUUGUUAUACAUACCUACAGUUACCAUGCUCAGCAUUUAUCUGAAAAUAUAUUUUGUUGCACGGAGGCAAUCACGAUUAGUUCACAAUACUGCCUUUCAAGUAAACAAAUCCAAAGGUCAACCCACCAUUAGUAAGGCAGAGAGAAAAGCAACUAAAACAUUAGCUAUAGUCACAGGAGGGUUUCUGUUAUUUUGGGCACCAUUUUCUAUCUAUAAUCUCAUUGUGACAAUUUUUGGUGUUACUGGUUCACCACAAAUAUUUGAUUUGCUUUCUUGGGUUGCUUUGACAAAUUCACUUUGCAAUCCUGUUAUAUAUGCAUUAGUCUAUAAGUGGUUUAGAAAGGCACUCAAAGUUAUUUUUUUAGGUGAAAUAUUUAGGAGAGGCUCUUCCAAAUUGCAGCUGUGUUCAGAGUAG